UAAUUGGCUAUACAUGAAGCAGCAUGCACGUUCUUUGGGUGGUUCUCUUUGCGGGGUUUGUCGGAGUCCUCGGAGACGAUAUUUUUGACGCGGAAAGUUGCGGUUCUAGCUUCUACAAUGAAACGAUUCGUCGCCCGACGUUGGCUCGACUUCGCGAAUUUCCGUGGCUGGCCCGGCUUGGGUACCAAAAAUCACCGGAUGUAGCGCCAGAGUUUCACUUUCAUGGGACUCUCAUUCAUCGGUAUUACGCGGUGACCACUGUUUUCGCGGCCGACUAUCUUGGAAAGUCUUUAAUGUUCGUGCGUCUUGGCGAUUAUCACACGUCCGACGAAAAGGAUUGUCAGGAAUUUGACGGUGAAGAAAUAUGUGCUCCACCCCCGCAGGAUAUUCCUGUCCUUUACGUCGUGAAACAUCCGGAGCACAACCGUCCCCGUAUGUCGCACGAUUUGGUUCUGGUAAAAUUCCAACAACCGGCUGACCUAACUACCGAGUACGUCCAACCGAUUUGCCUUCCCUCACCGAACCUACCUCUCUCCGAGGACGCCCCACUGUUCCUUUCCGCCUGGUGUGGCAGCGUCAAAACCGGCAUCUCGGUAGUUCCCCGACAGUACCGGAUGCAGCUCGCUCCCACAGCCGUCUGCACCGAGAAGCUGUCCCCGCAUAUCUCAAUAACCCUGCACGAGUCGGAGUUCUGCGCUGCGCUAGAUUUGCCCAAGGAUUCCACCCUCCCCAAGGAGGUCAGUCUCCGGGGAAGUACCGGAGCGCCACUGCAGAUGCUCGACCGUACCGGAAAACGGUUCCAGCUGGUGGGAAUGACCUCGGUCGGCGUGAAGAAUGCCGCCCGGGACGUUCCGUACGUGUUUACGAAUGUUCUGCAGCUGAGCGACUGGCUGCGGUCGACGGUGAACCGGGAGGAGCAGAAACGGGCGGGGAAGCUGUGAACCAGAAGGUGGCGCGAACUGGUUUUGGCAUCAUCCGACGAGCCGGGAGAGAAGAAUUUGCGACGAUUGCGUCAAUUAGUGGGGAGUGGAAUUGUGAACCUGAGAGGAAAUGAUCGGUUUCGAUUCGCCUGGUUGAGUGUGAAACAACACAAAUAAAAAUGCAGCUAAAAGU